AUGCUGGCGACAGAAGAGUACAACCGCCGUCUCAUCAAGAAAAAGGGCCAGUCAGUCGUCCAGAAGAACCCACAAGCCCUCCUACGUGCGCUGGGUGACAUCGAGCCGAAGCUGAUGAGCAAAAUCACCAAGAAUGACUAUACCUCAUGCAAAAACAGCGAGUCAUUUUGGCGCCAUCAUUGUUCCGUCGUCCCACUUGUGAAGGAAGAACCAGGCAGAAAGAACUCGCCCCUCAACCACAAGAAGGGGUAUUGCACAGAUGGUGUCAAACAGUCCUCCAAGGCUGCCAGCGAGGAACUGCCUCCCUGGCCUCAGCCACGAGGAAUCUUCUCUGAGGGUCGAACAUUCCACCCUCAUGUGUUCCUGUCGACGGUCCAGCGCGUCUACGAGCACGUUUUCAUGCAGGGACCAGGAGAGACAGACCUGCUCGAGACUGAAGCAUUCUCGAAGCUGCUGAUUUCGCGCACCGAGGUUCACGAGUCGGAUAACAUGGUGCUUUUUCGACUGUUCAAGGGUUUUGUCACUGACCCAACCACUCCCCGCGACCGGAUUGUCUCUCGCGAUGGUGAGGAGUGGCUGAGGAUUAACUACCUGCAGCAGUAA